AUGGUCAGUGAAAGGGGUCAAGCAAUGUUAAUGGCAUUUGUGACGAUGCCGCUAAAUAGUCAGCUAAUGGUUCAAAAUUUAUCAAAUCACCUUCAUCAGCAACAUCGAUGGGUCAUUCUGAAAGAUUAUCAGCAAUUGUCUCAUUGCUCACAGAAAGAUUAUCAUUUGAACGUAAUCGAAAUUUCAAAUGGUCAUUUGCUCACUGGAAAAAGAAGAAUUCGCACAUUUUUUACAAUUCCUUUUAAAGUCGAGUCUAAUGCUGAUGACCGAGCAAUGUUUUCUCCCCACAAAGUUGAAGAAUCAAGUCAAGGCAAGCAUAUUCCGUUUCCUUUUGAAACGCAACUUUACAGAUGGUCGGAACAGCAUUUCGAAGCAAUGGAAAUUCCGUUGAAUGUUUUUCCUGACUAA